AUGGAGGCUUUCCCUUGGGCGCCAGGCUCUCCCCGCCGCGCCCGCGCCUCUGCGCCUAUGGCGCUCGUGCCCAGCGCCCGCUACGUGAGCGCCCCGGGCCCGGUGCACCCGCAGCCCUUCAGCUCCUGGAACGACUACCUGGGGCUAGCCACUCUCAUUACCAGGGCUGGCGACCGCGGCUCCCCGCACGAGGGGCCCGGGCCCACAGCGGCGGUACCCACGCUAGGGCCGCCCGAGGACGACGAGGGUGACGAUGGCGAAGAGCCGAGGGCCGGGGACCGCUACCUGGGUGGCGCGUUGGAAUUGCGCGCGCUAGAGCUGUGCGUCGGCCCGGGUGAGGCCGGGCUGCUGGAGGAGCGCUUCGCUGAGCUGAACCCUUUCGCAGGGCGCGCCGCCGCGGUGCUGCUGGGCUGCGCGCCCUCCACCUCCACUGCCUCCACGGCCGAAGUGGUGCCGCGCGAGGAGCCGAGCCCUAUGUGGGCGGCCGAGCCUCGUCUGCACGCGGCAUCCGGGGCGGCUGUCGGGCGUUUGCUGAAACCGGAGCUGCAGGUGUGUGUGUUCUGUCGGAACAACAAGGAGGCGGUGGCGCUCUACACCACACACAUCCUCAAGGGCCCCGACGGCCGGGUGCUGUGCCCGGUCCUGCGUCGCUACACGUGCCCCCUGUGCGGCGCCAGUGGCGACAACGCACACACCAUCAAGUAUUGCCCGCUCUCCAAAGUGCCACCGCCCGCCAUCCGACCGCCGCCGCGCAGCACCAGGGACAGCCUGCCCAGCAAGAAGCUGCGUUAGGAGCGAGCUGCAACUUGAAGCUUCGGACACUUGAAGGCAUGGUCGCGCUCCUCUCGCCUGUGAAAUGGUCUUGGUUUUACUGAAACCGGAGGACCCGCAGCACUUUCCUAAGGAGUGGUCGUGUCUUGUCUCUAGUUUCUAAAGCGCACAGCCAAAACGGUGAGGGCUGAGCGGAUGUGCCACUGGCUGAAGUGUGGUGAAUGAGGCGCUGUUUACUGUAUACGUCGGCCCAUUUUCGGCGCGCAUCAGUAUGAAAUUGUCUCUGAUCUUGGAUGUUUCGUUUUAUGGAGGCACUUUAUUAGGUCUAGAGUAUUUUUAAUAGCCUCUGAACUGAGUGCAAAACUACAAUUUUAUGGAAUGUCGGCAAAAAUACUAUUUUAUUGUCUGAUGCAAUUAUUUAGUUUAUCCUUUUUCUGAUUGCAGGUAAAGCAAUUUAGUACACUUCCAGUAUUGAGAGGGUGUUCCUCCUCGUGGGUUGUUUGUCCUAGAUGGGAGACGUGAAGGCACAAACUGUAGCAGGUAGAAUACAGUUCGUAUCCUUUUUAUGUAUCAGGUAAUUCUACUGAAUUAGCAAGUAGAUCUCCCGCCCUUAAAAUUGUGCCAAGUCUUAAUCAUAUUGUGUACAUGUUUGGAAAUGGUGCUGUGUAAGAGAUGUGUAUUUAUAGUGACCGUAUGUGAAUCCAUUAAUCUCCACUGUAAUACCUACUUAGCAUUUUCUCUAUGCACCAUCCUGACUGUCCAACUCUUUAUAAAUGUCUGAUGCUAAGGUCAGAAAGGAGGAAACCUAAGGGAGCAAUGUUAACCCUCCUUGAUUGCUCAAUUUCAGGGUUCCUCAAUAGAAAAUGGGAAACUAUAGAUAAUGCAAUAACCCGAGUUCUGGAAGGUUCCGCUCUGGGCUGCCUGCCUCCAGAUAUACAGGCAUACCAUUUCAAGGCUCUAAUAAUUGGUGUUGGAUACAAGUGUCAUAACCUCCUUGGUGGUGGGGUUCCACACUUGGUGGAAGACUCCUGUCUGCUUCCAGAACCCCAAAAGAUCUUCGUUCAGAAUUUACUAACCCCUUACUUCCAGUACUCCUGUAAAUCUAUCACAGUGUAUGCUGGAUUAUGGCACAAAGCUACCUACCAUCAAGACAGAACAAGGCAAAGAUGGAGGUGAACUAAACAGGCACCAACACCAAGUAUAUAAAGCUUCCAAUAGUCGGAUUUGGUUAGUAAUACAAGACUGUCUUUCAUAUUAAGCAGCAACUUCACAACAAACUUAUUUUCUGUGUAAAAGAGGCUGAUGUAAAAAUACUGGAUAGCUGUGAGCCCUAUUGGUAAGAGGUGCUUCAUACCAUAGACAAGGAGAUGGGGUUGGUAGAAAGACAUUAUUAGCAACGAAGAAAACUAUCCAUUAGUUAUAGACCCACAUCCACUGGGCCUAAGCCUAAACUUGAGUAAUUUAAUAAAACAUGUAGUUCCUUGUUAUUUUACUAGAAAACAUAACAUUUGUUUUGGGUGAAGUUCUUCAACAAAUUCAUAUCCUCUAACUUAACUGCCCUGCCUUUUCAAAGAGGUAGUCUCAUUGCUUUUGUAAUCCCAUCAGAUACUUUCCAAGGCAUGUAUGAAUGCCAGUACAUAAAUACAUGAGCUGAACCAAUGAGUGCAUGAACCUAAUGCCAACUUUUAUUUUCUGACAUCUUACCAGGACCAGGAAUGUUGAGAUGGGCAUUCCUGUUCCCUGGAAUGGAGGGCUCCAUUGAGACAGCUGUCAGAGUACAUCUAAGCGCAAGGACCAGAGUUCGAUCUCCAGCACCCACAGGAAAAUAUGGGCAUGUGGUGUUUUUAAUCCCAGUGCUAUUGAGACAGAGGCCAGCUUUGCUACAUGGGUGACCUCCACAUCUGAGUGAAAACUCAAUGUCAAAAUGUUAGGUGGGCUCAUGAAGACUAUCAUCUGAGGCUGACCACAUUUAUCUGUAGAUUUCGGUAACUUUUUAAAGCCAAAAGUAGCUGUGUUCAAACCACUGGAGAGGCAGAACCCUUUGCCUGGGGCUCACUAGCCAGGCAGUCGAACUCCCAGUUUAGAGAACUCCGGAUUCAAAGAAACACUGUUUGAGGUAGAAUGUGAUUGAGGGCACCAACUGACCUCUGGCCCCCACAUACUUGCACCCAGAACAUGUCCACACAAAAACGUAUCCCAUACCACAUGUUCUUCACCUGAUGCCAAGUCUGUUUCCCAGCUAACAAAUACUGAAAAUCUACAAUAUAAACAACAACAAAAAAACAUUUCAGGUUUUUCUAGAGAAAAUACAUAGGCUGCCUCCUCUCAAAAAAUUCCUAGGGCCAGACUUUGUAUGUGCCUUUAAUCCUGGCACUCAGGAGGCAGAAGAAAGCCAAGUAAUCCUUGGAAUUAUACUUUAUAAAGGUUUUUGCAAAAAUGUUUACAGUAGAGACCCAAGUUUAGGGCCAUACAGCUCAGUGGUAGAGCACUUGCCUAGACAGAGUGCAUAAAACCCUAGGAUCAAUACCCAUUAUUAUAGAGAAAUUAAACUUAAAACCCAAAGUUUAAUUCUACAAGUGUGAUACGGUUGGCUUCUGCCUAAGAGUGCACUGUGAAUCUGGCUAGACCACAAAAAUGGUACAGCCCUGUAUCAGCUCCACCAUGGGCAGAGGCACAAGUUAUGCUGUGCUUUAGUCUGCUUUUAUUUAUCCAAACUUGUUAAUUCUAAUGGCCUUUUACUUUUUUGUACUUUAUUUUUUUCUAAAGUCCUUUUCAGAAGUUAAAUAGCUUUGAUUAGAACUUUUGUCAGAUAUAUUAAACCAAAACGAUGUAUCAGGAAUGUGUCUAUUUCAGGUUAAUUUUGUUGUCCAAGUUUCUUGAUAAGAACAUUCUAAUAGCUCUGUUCUAUAAAUAGAACAGCCAAAGAGUCUUUGGGAAAAACACAACAGAAGUGCAGUUUUCAAGACUGGGUCUCACCAAACAAAGCGGACAUGGAAAUUCAGUACCUUUCUGCCUCACCCAGCAAAGUUCUGGGAUUACAGCACCAUGUGGUGCUGGUAGUUCUUGACUAACAAUCCCAUACAUAGUGUUUUUGACACCCACCUCCACCCCUGGUUGGCACUCUACAGACAAGUACGACGGACAUCUGAAGGUUCUCUCUCCCUUCAAGCACAGCUAUAAAAGCUGUAAGACUCCAUUCAUUCAUUCAUUCAUUCAUUCAUUUAUUUAUUUAUUUAUUUAUUUUUACAACUGCAGAAGCCACAGGGCUCACCUGGCACAUCCAGACUAAUCCGCCUUCCUCUAACCUGCUAAAUGUUGGUGGGGUGGUGGUGGAGGGUGGACUGUGUAAUGGGAACCCAUAAGCUGGACCACAAAGCAACAUCAUCAGAUCUAUCUGUAUCUACCACAUCAGUGUCUGGCUCACUAGUAAGCCCAUACCU